AUGCAGGUCUCCAAGCAUGUCAACGAAAUCUUUGCCUGCCAUGUCCAGCGCCACCACAAACCUUACUAUCACAUAAGCCACGAGCAUGAGGAUGAAAUGAGCAACAUCCAUCGGCAGCUUGAAGCUGCUGGGCCCAAGGUAGAGCAUGGGAUCGUGAAGGGGAGGGAGCUUCUCGAGGAGGGAGUCAAUCCAGAGCUGAUGCACCACGCGCUGGGCGUCUACCUCACCCACUCCAAGGAUGCUCAGGAGCGCAAAAUCCACGCGCCGGCUUUGAAGGAGCAUCCGGUAUUCCGAGCGCAACGACCGGAGACUCUCCGGGCCCCGCAGCCGACAGCGGUUGCUGGGGAAGUGGUUACAGCCGACACACUUCAAGGCCCUGCAUUAUUGUCGUACUGGCGGGACGAUUACGACAUGAACGAUGCCCAUUACCACUGGCACAUGGUGUUUCGCGGUGCUGGCGGAAACAACUCGAAGAAUGUCAGGACCAUUGACCGUCAAGGAGAGCUAUUCUUGUACACGCAUUCACAGAUGGUGGCUCGCUAUGACACCGAAGGGCUAUGCUGGGGCCUUCCUCUUGUGAGGCCAUGGGACCAGUACGACGACGUGCUUGAGUAUGGAUAUCAGCCGCUGCCAGCGCUGUUGGACUACUACGGAGGUUAUCCGGCAUUCUCCAGCUGGUACCGUAUCAGAAACCCAGAUAUGAAAGACGUCCCCGGCGUGACUAUUGGCGUUGCUGACAUGGAAGAGUGGCGAGAUAAUAUUUACGAGGCGAUUAAGACGGGAUAUAUGGUGACCAAGCCCAAGGGCAAAAAGUCAACUACAAUAACAAGACCGCUGGCCUUGACCGGAGAGAACUGUCUGAACUACGUCGGUGGCCUGCUCGACGCACAGUAUGCCUUUUUUGACCCGUUGCCAGAUGACUUUGAAAUCGAUGCCGUCAAAUACGGGAUCCUACACAACUACGGGCUGGGCAAGUUCUCGGAAAUGUCGUAUCGGGAUAACGAAAAGGAAAAGGUUCCCUACGGUCUCAUGAUAUCCAAUUUUGCCGCACCUCGGGACCCUUGUUUCUGGCCGUGGUACAAACAUCUCCAAGGAUUCGGUCAGCUUGCUGGGACCAGGUAUCCUCAAGAUAUUACCAAGCAUCGGGCCCAAGUCCGUCUGUCGAAACUGGUCAUAAGGCCGCAGGACGCCGGGUCACCUCUCUAUGCUGACGGCGGAGUUACCACUUUCUUAGGGCCACCUGCAGCGGAUCUCCUGGAGAGCAAAGCCAAACUGGAUCAUGAGCCGUAUGAAUGGAGUGUGCAAGUCCACAGCUCCCGCGAAAUACCACCGUCGGUCGAUAACCCUCAAAAGUUGACUCUGAGGUUCUUCAUUGCGGCAAAAGAUCUCGUGAACUACUACCACCACUGGAUCGAGAUGGACAAGGUCACAGUUACCCUCACGGAGGAGCCUUCCAUCCUCACCGUGGUGCGUCGCGACACCGAAUCGUCGGUUGCCCGGAAGACGAGAAACUACGGCGAACCAGACCCAACGUACGCUUCCGCGUGGUGUCGCUGUGGGUGGCCGCAGAAUCUGAUGCUUCCCGCCGGUAAACCGGAAGGGAUGCCGUUCGUCGCUUCCUGCAUGGCGACGGACGACGCGUUGGAUCAUCACAAUUCCCCCACCUCUGCUCUCAGCUUCUGCGGUGCCAUCCUGGAAGACCAGAAGUAUCCGGAUCCCCGAGGAAUGGGCUACCCUUUCAAUCGGGCCUGGACCCAGCUCACUGCCGCGACCACGGGCAAGGUGUCCAUCAGUACCAUCAUCGCCAACCAUAAAGUCUUUCCAUUCAUCACCAGCAGUGAUUUCAAGAUCUUCCGCACGACCAAGUAUCGACGCCCCGCGGCCGAUCCCCUCCCGACCAGUAUCACCUGGAACAACACAAUCAAGGGCUAUUUCACGAAAGAGGACGUCGACUGCAUGUACAGCGAGUACUGGUAUAAGCUGUCGCAGUACGAGGACGUAAAAUACCACUGCCAUAACAUCUAUUGGGCGGUUGCAAGCGGUCGCAUGCCAUUGCAGAUGGACCCAUACACCCAGAGUAAUCCAGAUCCAAAGCAUCCGCUCUGGACAGUCGAAAUGUGUGACAACUUCCGUGCAUGGAUGCUCAAUGGGUGUCCGGAGGGGACAGACGAUCUGGAUGGUCGCAAGCAGUCGCAUGCCGUUCCUGAUGGACCCAUACACUCAGAGUAA